CGGUCAUUUGACACUAAUAAAACAUGCACACUUUUUUUGGGUUAGCUUCGAAACAACUAUAAAUAUUGCACGCACAUCUACACUUCUCCUCCAACACAACAACUACUAAACUUUAAAACACUAAACCAAGCUUUCAUUCAACCAAACUUUUCUCUUUUCGGAAACAUAUUCGCUCCAAAAAUGAGUGUGGAACUCUUGGAUUGUGCCACAAUCACAAACUUUGUGGACGAUGAAGAGGCCUUCAAUAGCUCGGUCGAAGACCACUUUGCCCACCUAGAUACCAACCAUGACGGAAUCCUUUCUUAUUCAGAAAUGCUGAAGGAGCUUCAAAGUCUCCGUGUUUUCGAGACUCACUUUGGGGUCGAUGUUACAGUGGGGCCAGAGGAACUCGCCACCACUUAUGGUGCACUCUUCCUACAAUUCGACCACGAUCUCAAUGGGGCAGUUGAUAUACAGGAGUUCAAGGCCGAGACUAAGAGGAUGAUGCUUGCUGUAGCCAAUGGUCUAGGGUUCUUACCUAUUCAAAUGGUGCUGGAAGAAGAUAGCUUACUCAAGAAAGCUGUUGAGCUUGAGUUGGCCAAGAUUGCUGCAUAGAAGAUACCCAUGUUUAACUGUUCGGGCCCUUUCGGUCUUCACAUCAUCAGUAGAGUUUCUCCUUUCUAUACAAAUAAGUGAUGCUUCACUAGGUAGGGAGAUUUUUGUUUUAUUGAUGUAUGAGUGUAACUUUUAACAAGAUACAAAAAAAAAAAAAAUACAAGUAAUGAAGGACCAAUUUAUAUUUAUGCUAA